CAGUGCUAUGUCUGCAGUAAUAACAAAUUACACUUUUAAGCCUUUUUUGUUGCUUACGUCUCUAAAAUAAUGAUAUUUCAAAUAUGAAAAUUGAAACUUGAACUAUUAACCUGAACUGCCUCAUACAAGAAAUAUUAAAAAAACCUCCAUAUGUAAUGGUUAUAGUGUCUAAAUCAGAAGGAAUUUGAUCACUGCAAAAUCUACGAUGGUGAGACCCUUAUAAAGAUUGACACAUGUGCAUAAUUUAAAUUAUCUUCCAGUUUUAAUGCUAAGGCGAAAUUUCUGUAAAUAUGAUGGAGAACAAUAAAAAUCUAGCAACCAAUACUCAAGCAGGUUUACUUCCUAUGGAAUUAGCGGAAUCUAAUGAAAGAGACAGAAAAAUCGACUACAAAUGCAUUUAUUCAACAAUACAAAAGUUUAUCUUUAUAAUUGUUUUAUCAAUAAUGAUGAUCUCUACAUAUUUCUUUAUAUUUAAGUGGUUGCAAUGUGAUUCUAACUUUUCAACAUCCGAAAUAAUUUUGGUAUCUGAAAUGAAAGAUAAUUCAAACAUAACAUUAAUACAAGAUGAUGUAGAAAUUUAUCUAAGGCUUCGAAAUAAAACAAUAAAUGCCGGGAAACGUAAAAAGAGGCAGGCAGUAAAAGCUCAAAGUAAUAUUCGCCAAAAGCAUGUUACAUUCGAUGAAACGAAAAUAUGGGAAGCGAGACGAAUUAUUAAGGAACAUAAUAUGGCAUGUAAUGAAGGAAACCACAAAGAAGUUUGCAAAGAUUUGGUUCAAAAGUUAGAACAGUUGACCAAAAACGACAAAACGAGUAUUGAACAACGCAAUUCUAAAACAGAAACUACUGAAAUAAAUAAACGAGAUACUGUAGACCAAAGUUAUGAUAAAUCCCUAGAACCUUUAAACGACGACAAAUCUCUCCUUCAACAUAAACAUCCACAUGAUAAACGUAUUAACAGCUGUCUUUUAGGAAGUAUAUUAAAAAAAAACUUCCCGCAACCAGAAGGUGUAAAUGACGAUUCAGAUUUGAAUCAUGCAUCGCAGUCUUUGCAGCGCUUAAGGUUUGAUUUGAGGAGUUGUCUUACUUAAAUAACUUAAUUUCAUUAAAAUAUUCAAUAUUUUACACGUGUUUCAGAUACUUUGGUCCUUUUCUGAAUCAUCCGGUUUAUAGACACGAAAAUAUAGGAAGAAGACCUGGUUUACAUCCACAAGAUGUUGAUAUCGCGAUGCAAUAUCUAUCUAAAUCAGAAUCAAGUUCUACACAGGUCAUUAAGACUUCAUCUCCAACAAAUACAAAUUGCGUGCCAGGAACUACUUCAUGUUUAAAUGGUGAAGCAUGUAUUGAUAAUAGCAAAUGGUGUGAUGGAAAGGUUGACUGUGCAGAUGUCAGUGACGAAACAAGAUGCAGUUGUAAGUCAAGAGUGGAUAAAUCUAGAAUUUGCGAUGGAUAUUUUGACUGUCCCUUCGGCGAAGACGAAAUGGGAUGUAAUGGUUGCAAAGAGAAUACGUUCAGCUGCGAGGACCCGAAUGAAAAAUCUCGAAUUAUCUGCUUUUCAAAGGAACAAAGAUGUGACAACAUUGCCGACUGUCCCAAUCGUAAAGAUGAGAUUGACUGCAGUCUACUCACUCCAAGCUUGCAUAACAAACCGUUAUUUGCUGUAUCGAAUAGUGAAGGUUUCCUACAUAGAAAUUUUAAAGGAACUUGGUAUCCAGUGUGCAAAAACCCUUACAUGUGGGGCCAUGAUGCAUGUCGUAGAGAAACGGGUUUAAUAAUAAGGCCACCUUAUUUUCAAUUAGUAGAUAUAGAUCCUUUAAAAAGAAUUAAAUAUAUAAACACUGGACCCGUUGGCCAAAUACACAUGAGUACGAAAUGCUUCAAUUCAUCUGCGGUCUACGUCACAUGCGCAGACAUGUUGUGCGGUACUAGAGUACCGUCAGCCGGCCAGUUCAUGGAUCAAAAUAUCGAUAUGGAGCGUGAUCUAUACGGUCGUAACAAAAGAUUUUCAUUUAAUAGACCUUACAUAUUUUUUGCAAAUCGAUACAAAAGACACGCUAGUAUAAACAGUGAUAAAGGUCAAUACGAACAGAAAUUUGGCAAUGGAAGAGAUAAACGAACAGAUUUUAGAGUUGUAGGCGGAAUACCAAGCCAGCCAGCUGCGUGGCCCUGGGUAGCAGCGUUAUAUAGAGACGGAAUGUUUCACUGUGGUGGAGUCAUAUUGAACCAGCACUGGGUAAUGUCAGCAGCGCAUUGUGUGCAAAAAUUUUGGCAGCAUUAUUACGAAAUACAAGUAGGAAUGCUUCGUCGAUUUUCCUUUUCGCCGCAAGAGCAUAACCAUCGCGUAACUAAUGUUAUUGUUAACCAAAAUUAUGAUCAGGAAGAUAUGAAAAACGACCUCGCCUUAUUACGGGUUAGGUCUGCUAUUCAAUUUAGCAGAUGGGUUCGUCCGAUUUGCUUACCGGGACCCGAAACAGCAGGACCUAAUUGGAAAGAAGAACCUAAACCUAAUACUAUCUGCACCGCUAUUGGUUGGGGAGCUACUGCUGAACGCGGCCUUGAUCCUGAUCACUUGCGAGAAGUUGAAGUGCCAAUUUGGAGCCAUUGUAAGCACAAACAAGAUGAAGCUGGAAAAGAAAUUUGUGCUGGUUUAAAAGAAGGAGGAAAAGAUACAUGUCAAGGUGACAGUGGAGGACCACUUUUGUGUAAAAAUCCAAAUAAUAAAAAUCAAUGGUACGUUGCCGGCAUAGUCAGUCAUGGAGAUGGUUGUGCACGAGCUAAUGAACCUGGUGUCUAUACUAGAGUCAGUAUUUUUGAGGAUUGGAUUAAAUUUCAUAUUUUUUCUAAAGAUUUACCAACGAUACAGCCUAAACAUGACUGUCCAGGAUUUGUAUGCGAAUCAGGAAUUACAAAAUGCUUACCUAAAAAAAGAAUAUGUGAUGGAAUAAUUGACUGUCUUGGUGGUGAAGACGAAAUUAAUUGUGAUCUUGAGACGGUACCUGAAAACAAGCGUGAAACAUCACAAAAAGAAAAUGACGCUCACUUUGUGGAACGGGAAAGUAAUAAAAUAGAUAAACAAAGUCCUGAAGUUGCUAUUACAACCAUAUCGGAUAAAGAAUUUAAUAGCGACAAUUCAGCAAAGGGCUUCUUGAAUUACACAACCACAACCUCGUCGGCAAAGCAAGACGUUAGUCAUUCUGAAAAUUUAUUGGACUAUGAUUUUAAUCAUGCAUCAACUAUUGAGAUUAUUACUGACAGUGCAUCCGAGGAAACAGUUAUUAAAUCAACUUCCAAUGAAUAUGCUACCUUAGAUCCAGUAAUUUCACAAACAACCGAAGUGGCAUUAGAAUCGCAUACUGUAUCAAUAAAUACACCAAAAAAUAUUUUUGAAUCAGUAUCUUCUCAACUGAAAGAGAAAGAUAAAACCGAAAGCGAUACAAAGAUAUCACACAAUGACAUAUUAAAAAAUAUCACAAAUACUACGCAAUUAAAUGUCACUACAGAUAUUCCACCAAGAAAUGAAUCUUUACAUCGAGAUGUAAUUAAUAAUCCGAAUCAUACUCACAACAUUACUUAUUUUGAAAUAACUACUAAACACUUUACAACAGUAAAUGUUAUAGAAGAUAUUACAGAACCUUUUACCACGUCACAGUUUGAUAUUAGUAUUUCUCCGGAAGUAACAACUGAAACAGUUUUUGAAAAUAAUGAAAUGAAAAAACAAAUAAUUGGAACAGAAGUCUCACAUCUACAUUCUGCCAAGAGUAGGAAAAAGUUUGUAGAAUUUUCUAGGAUAUUCCAAAAUAUAUCAUUUGAUAAACGUUGUGAUCACAAUGCUGACUGUGAGGACGGUACUGACGAGCAAGAUUGUACGUGUGUUGAUUAUUUAUUCACUCUACAUAAAAAUCUUAUAUGUGAUGGUAAUUUUGAUUGUUUAAACGGGCUAGAUGAAAUAGAUUGUUUCGCUUGUGAAGAAAAUGAAUUCUUUUGUAAGAAAAGUAAACUUUGUUUGCCUUCAAACUAUGUUUGCAAUGGAGAAGUGAACUGCCCAGAUGGAGAGGAUGAAGACGAUUGCUUUGCUUUAUCAAAUGGAAGUGAUAUUGUUUUUGACUUCAAUGGACGGCCAGAAUUAAAACUAGAUGGAUAUAUAUCAGUAAGACACAAAAAUAAUUGGCAUAUUUUUUGUGAAGAUAAUUUAACAUUACAACAACAAGAACAAAAAGCUAACGAUGUUUGCCAAUAUCUCGGAUUCAGUGCCGCAAAUAGAUAUCUCAUAAAAUAUUUACAUGUAAAUAAAGAUAAAUUAAAGCCAAUAGACACAGAAGACAAAAGGAAUAAAAGAAAUAUUAAAUACCCAAUACACUUUACUUACCUAACUACUGAUACUGAUGAUGAAACGAGAUCUGAAAUGCUUAUUAAAGAGCCUGAAGUUUUAAAGGAAAAAUGUUUACCGAAUGUUACAAAAACAUGCAUGACAGUCUAUGUUUAUUGUGAUCAAUCACUUUUCACUAACUUCAACUCUAACCAUGCGUUGGAAAAAUUGACUGAACAAAACACAACUCACAUGUGGCCUUGGAUUGCAAAAAUUUAUAUAGAUGGUACUUAUAAAUGCACUGGAGUCUUAGUUGAUCCUUCCUGGGUGGUUAUAAGUGAUUCUUGCUUAUGGAAUACAAUCCGCCAGUUUGUCUCUGUGGUACUUGGAUCGCAUAAAACGCUUUCAUCAACACGUGGCCCAUACGAACAAGUAUUUCGAGUCGAUUUCAAAAAAGACUUAUAUUUAAGAAAAAUCACCAUCCUACAUCUGAGUGGGAAUGCUACGUAUUCGAGUAUGGUAAAACCCAUGUCAAUAACACAAACGUAUCUACCGGAAGAUAAUUUCAAAGUUUGUAUUGCCAUAGGUGAAGACGUUCACAAUAAAACAAUAAGCAUUUUUUUGAACGAAACCAGCCAUAACUGCCUUUCGAACAAUAGAUGCUUUGUGCGGCGUACAAAUUCAUCUAUUUGUGCUGAAAAUGUGAAUUUACAACGUCCAUGGGCAGGAAUCAUCAGCUGUCAUACAAACCUAGGAUGGUAUCCCGCUGCCUCCUUCGUAGAUAGCAGAGGAGAAUGUGGUCUUAAUAGGACAAUAAUAGGGACUGAUAUUGGAAACAUUAAAAACGAAAUUAAACUUAUCAAAGAUGUUUUCCAAAAAUCAAACAAUGGAACUAUAAGAGUAUUACCUGAAGAUUGUAAUGGUCAAAGAUGUGGACGUGGAAAGUGCAUAGAUUUAAGAAAUAUAUGUGAUGGUAUACGUCACUGUGAAGAUGGAAAUGACGAAUCCUAUGAUGCAUGUUAUAAAAAGAAACAGAUUUGCUCUCUUGAUCCUCUACAUAAUGGAUGCGAUUGUACAACAGAUCAACUGAAAUGCCAAAACGGUGAAUGCAUAUCAAAGGAGUAUUUCAGGGAUGGUAAGAAAGAUUGUAAAGAUGGUAGUGAUGAGCCUGGUGAGACGACUUGCGCUGAUUAUUUGGGACGUGUUAUGCCUUCACGACUUUGUGACGGAGUACUUCACUGCCACGAUAGAAGUGAUGAGAACCCUAAGUUCUGCAAAUGUUUCGCAAAGAAUAGCUUCAGGUGUGGCAGAAAUUCCGAAGGAAGUGACAGUUGCGUCGCUAUGGAUAUGGUUUGUGAUGGGAUAAACGAUUGUCCUAAUGGAGAAGAUGAAAAGAAAUGCAUUGGUUUAAGUGCUCCUCCGCGUACGCCGUAUGGUACAGGCAAGGUGAUAGUGCGUUCCCACGGAGUCUGGUACACAAAAUGUUACCCUUCAAAAGUACAUACAAAAUCUGAUCUCGAAGCUAUCUGUAGGCAAUUAGGUUUCAUCAGCGGCCAUGCUAAGCAGCUUCCAAUGCCAGACAAACUGAUCACAAUACCUCACAACAAAUAUGUUAUAGAUAACUUUAAUGAAAUUGUUUUUAACAAUAGAACGAAAAUUAAACUGAGAAAUACCAAUACACCUAUAGCUAGAGCAGUAAUUGGCGAUUUUGAAGAGUGUAAUCCAGUUUUUAUUGAAUGCCUUUAGUGUAAUUUAUCUUUAUCAUUAAACUUUUAGUAAAUUGUAAAAUUAAAAUGAAAGUAUUCAAAUAAUGUUUUAUUACUUAAAGUUAUCUAUUCGUCAUUAGUAGUUUAAUGUUUAACAAUACUGUUAUUUAUUGAUUUAUAAAUACUGCCAUCUUUUAAUAUUAAACUAAGCUGUGAAGGUAGUGAAGUGGAGGUUUUAAGUACGGUUUGCUUUACGUUUUGCUUAUAAAAGAUGGCGCUUUUAAUUAUAUUUAUUCCCUAACUUAAUUGAAGCUUACUUCUUCGUAACAUGUGGAAUGAACUAAUAAUUUACUAACAAACCCUCCCAAGAUAUAAUCUACAAUUAAAUCUACAACUCUUCUUGUAUCUCAUCUAAUUAUACAAAUUAAACUUUUUCUAAUUUCCUUAUUCCA